GUUUGUGUAUAACAAAUAUGUACAGAAUACUUAACAGUAUGUUCAAAGUGUAUUAAUUGUCCUAAUUAAGGAAGAAUAUGAAUACUACGAAACUACAGAACUGCCAUUUGAAGAUAAUGUCUGCUGUUAAUUUUUCAUUAUUGAUCGAUCUCAAUACAUUAUGAAAAUCAAACACUACCCAGGAAAAGCGGUCAUGGAAGACCCAUGGCUUUCUCUAGAUGAUAGGACGAUGGAUCUCGUUUAUGCUGCUAACUGGGUCGGAGCUGAGAAUCUCAAUAAUUAUAAAAAUGAUGUGAAAUCAUCAAAUAAUGUUAAAUUUAAUUCAAUAUCUAGAAGCAAAUCGUGCCGUGACGUAGCAAGCAGCGUGGACAGAGAUGAUAAUAACGGCUAUGUCCAAGGUCAUAGUGGAUUUAACUACAAUCGUGAUGUUCCUAACAACCGCAUAUCUCAAUUAGCUAAAUAUCAACAAGAUAUAGAAGAAAAAUCAAGAUCUAAUAACAAUCUCCUCAUACAAAAUAAACUUAAACACAGCUAUAGUUUUAAAGACAUGCCAAAUGGUUAUAAACCUUCUACUUUGAAAAUUGGAAAAAGGAGAAACUUUACUGAAUGGGAUAUUGAAGCUUUUGGGAGUAAUAAUCGUCAAGCACCUUUACCUCCACAAAGAAAGGAUUCACUAAAAUAUGCCCAUCGUCAGAGAAAGGUCGACUCCAAAAAGAGUUACUAUCCCCUGCCCGACCCUGGACCUGUUCCUCCCGACCCAUCUUCAGAAAGUUACUACGAAUAUUAUUCACGAGUAAACCAACAAAAUAAUGAUACUGAUAGUGAUAAAAUAAAACAAAGUCAAAGAGAUCCAAAGAAAGAAAAGUCACCAACAUCAACUGAUUCUGCUUCCAAAAGCUCCGGUGACUUCGGAAAUGAUAUGUAUAAAUUUAUUAAUUCUAUGGCAACCUUAGAUUUAGCACCGAUAAAGUCUAGAACCGGAAAAAGUAAAAACGAACCGAAGUAUGAAGCGGAAGACUUAAGUUCGUAUAUGCGAUCGACGAACGGAUCGUUGCUUACAUGCGAUGGAGUUCCUGAACACAGAACACGAACAGACGACGAUGAAAACAGUUGUGUGAACGAAAAACCUAGUUUUCGGUCAAAAUCACUCAGAGUUAAAAGUGAAGGCAGAGCACCUCUGAAAGGGUACUUGGACACAGCAGAAUCCAGAAACAAUGGUUACAAUAACGUUACUGUUACUCAACCAAAGAGAAAUCUUUCUCCAAGUGAACAGUUGUCCUUAAUGCAAUACGAAAUGUAUAAAGGAAGUACUAAUCCUUCUUUACCGGCGGUCAGUAACGGUUACAGUUCGGUUAAAUGGAAAGAUAACGAAAGUCGGACUUCAAAUAGUGACAAUAGGCAAAUAAAACCGGAAAGAUACGGAAAGUUGUAUAAUACAGUGCGAGUGAAAAGUGACGAUAGGUACAAUAAAUAUAAUAGUAUUUUUUCAAUAACUCCCAAAGAUGCUAUAAGUGAAGUAGUGAAUGAAAAGAAUAAAAAUGGAGUAUCUUCUAGAAGUGCUAAAAGUUCAUCUAGUGGUUCAGACUCUGACUUUUCAAUACCUCGACCGAAACUAAUAGUGCCAGUUCAUACGUAUGGAACACGCAAAAGAAGAACAGGCAACCUUUGCCACCGGGAUAGUACAGCAACUGAGUCUUCUUUGGACGCUGGUAUAGUUCUUGACGUAACGCGUCUUGAAGAUCAGACCCCUCAUCAUCGAAAUGGAGAAUCAGAGGGCAGAGUUGAGGUGUCCCGUGAGAACAAAUACCUCAGCACCAUGGCACCAGGGAAGGUGUUCGGAGAGCUUGCCAUCUUGUACAACUGCAAGAGAACCGCCACCAUCAAAGCUGCUACUGACUGCCGGCUGUGGGCCAUCGAGCGGCAGUGCUUCCAGACCAUCAUGAUGAGGACUGGGCUCAUACGACAAGCUGAAUACACCGACUUCCUGAAAAGUGUUCCCAUCUUCAAAAACCUACCUGAAGAUACUCUUAUCAAGAUAUCAGACGUGCUAGAAGAGACGCACUAUCAAAAUGGUGACUACAUAAUCCGGCAAGGUGCGAGGGGUGAUACGUUCUUCAUCAUAUCUAAAGGACAAGUUAAAGUGACGCAAAAACAACCCAACAGCAACGAUGAGAAGUUUAUCAGAACUCUCACCAAAGGCGAUUUCUUCGGAGAGAAGGCAUUGCAAGGGGACGAUCUCCGAACGGCGAACAUAGUCUGCGACGCGCCGGAGGGCACGACAUGUCUCGUCAUCGACCGUGAAACCUUCAACCAGCUGAUAUCCACUCUGGAUGAGAUACGCACCAAGUACAAGGACGAAGGCGACGACAGACACAGACUUAACGAGGAAUUUGCAAACUUGCGCCUAUCAGAUCUUCGUAUUAUUGCAACCCUCGGUAUCGGAGGCUUCGGGCGCGUGGAACUUGUCCAAAUCCAGGGUGACUCGAGCCGUUCCUUCGCUCUGAAGCAGAUGAAGAAAGCCCAGAUCGUCGAGACGAGGCAACAGCAGCACAUCAUGUCAGAGAAAGAGAUAAUGUCGGAGAUGAACUGCGAGUUUAUUGUGAAGUUGUACAAGACGUUCAAAGAUCGUAAAUACUUGUACAUGCUGAUGGAGACUUGCCUUGGAGGAGAGUUGUGGACUAUAUUGAGAGAUAGAGGUCAAUUUGACGAUUCUACAACAAGAUUUUAUACAGCGUGUGUUGUCGAAGCGUUCCAUUACUUACAUUCUAGAAAUAUUAUAUACAGGGAUCUCAAGCCAGAGAACUUAUUGUUGGAUUCGAAGGGAUACGUGAAGCUGGUAGACUUCGGUUUCUCGAAGAAAUUGCAGGCGAGCCGAAAGACGUGGACCUUCUGUGGAACACCUGAAUAUGUCGCCCCCGAGGUCAUCAUGAACAGAGGUCACGAUAUAAGCGCAGAUUAUUGGUCACUAGGUGUGCUGAUGUUUGAACUGCUAACGGGUUCCCCGCCGUUCACGGGAGCAGAUCCCAUGAAGACUUACAAUAAAAUACUAAAGGGCAUUGACGCGGUUGAGUUCCCCCGAUCUAUCACGAGGAACGCUGCGAAUCUGAUCAAGAAACUGUGCAGAGACAACCCUGCGGAGCGUCUGGGGUACCAACGCGGAGGCAUCACUGAAAUACAGAAACAUAAAUGGUUCGACGGCUUCAACUGGGAAGGUCUAGCUCAGCGGACUCUGGAACCUCCGAUCAAACCCGUCGUCCAGUCUGCUCUCGACACGCACAACUUCGACCAGUACCCGCCCGAUGCUGACGAGCCGCCUCCAGAUGACAUGUCAGGAUGGGACGCUACAUUCUAGAACUUUCUAGAAAAUUCCAGAUCUUAAUUUGGAAAUUAUUUGAAUUAAUCUUACAUAGUACCUUUGAGGUAAUUGAAAUUGGAAUUUUACUUAAAUGCCGUUUGAUUGACGAAAACCUUAAUUGUUAUAUUUUCAAAUUCAAAAUUUUAAUCGAUUUUCAUAUAUAUUUAUUUAGUCACACUGUUUUUAGUAGUAAAGUUUAGUAGAUAAAGACACUGACGGCUGUUUUCAAUAACCUAUCUAUCUUUAGUUUAACUUGCUAGAGGUAGGCAAAUCUAUCUUUUUACGCUUACUUACAUUUCAAUAACCUAUCCACAGAUAUAUUGGACUAUAACUAAUAAUAUAACUAUAUUGGAUAUAACUAUGGAUAGAUAAGAUCAAGAUCUAUUAUUAUUAUAUUUAUAUUAGCGUUUAAUGACAAGUCAUUAAACGCUAAUAGCAAUAUAUCCGUAACUAGAGAUAAGUUAUUGAAAACGGCCCUUUAUUAAUACCAUCAUUACUGAAAUACAUAUAGCAAAUUUGUGGCAUAAUAUAUAAUUUGAGGACGAAUGACAUAUAGACGAUAUAGUCAUAAUAAUAUUUCGCUACAAAAGUAGUUUAUUUACAAUUGUAAAAAGAUUUGAAUCGAAUUUCUUAUUCAUAAUUCAUUAAUUGUUAGGAACUAAUCUCGUUAAGUAGUUAUAAAGCGAGUUUGCCAUUUUAUUUCAAGGCUUGCCAAGAAUUUGACAAAAUAUGUAUAAAUAUUAAUAUUUUCAUAUUGUUUUCUGUAAAUAUGUAUAGUAUAAUUCGUUUUAUCUUGUUAUUCACUUACUUUUUAUAUUUAUGUAUCUUUUUUAUAUUCUUGAAAAUGUAGUAUAUAUUGAACACGGACGAGUAAAAAAAGAAGGACUCCGCGCCGUAAUAUUAGGAAGUGAAGUCUCCCUUAAAUAAUCAUAUAUCCACAAAUACUUUUAUAGUAUUGUUUUUACACUUUUUCACAACGCACGACGGCAUUUUUAAAAUAUUUUAUUGAGACGCAAACUGAUAUGUCACAGACGAUGACAAUUCUCAUAAUGGCCGCCUAUCGGCCUGUAGUAGUGUGAGUGUGUGCGUUGGGCUAUGUAUUUACACACUUACCGGCUUGUUUUGGUGCUACACUAUUAUGUAAGGUGACACGGAGUCCUUAUUUUUUCACUCGUCCGUGGUUUUGAAUAUAUUGUAAUGUAUAAAAUCAAUAGUCGAAUUUUAUUUUAAUAUUUUAUAGUUGCAGGUGACAUGUUUACCAAAAAUGUUACCACAAAUUUUUCUUUUUUCUUUGUAUUCAACUAAUUAUCUAUAUAUAUUUACCUUAUAAAAUUAUUAUUUAAUUUAAAUGAAAUAUUAACUUGUUUAGUUGUAUUUUAGAACACAAUAUUACGUAUAAUUACUGAGGCAGUGGUAUUCGUCUCUUCGAAUAAUUUACGAAAGUGUUUAACAUAUAUGUAAUAUAACAUAAUAUGAUUAGUUAGAGAAUGAAUAUGUGAUAAAUUUAGCUUUGUUUUGGUGUAUUUUUGGUGCUCAAAAAGAAAUGUAAAUAAAAAUGUAUGUGUUGCCGCAAAAUUAACCUAUAUAACGUUUAAAACCCUCAAUAAAAGCUACUAUUGCGAAUGAAAAUUUUUGAAGCUUAAGAAAUAUAUUUAAAAAAAAACAUUCUGUGGUCUCCUGCAAUUAUAUUGAUGGUAGUAUACACCGUAAUAUAAUUUGUAGUCUCUUAUACCUACUAAUAUUAUAAAUGUGAAUGUAAGUUUUUACGCCGGAGCUACUGAGCCGAUUUUGAUUAAAUUUGGUACGGCGAUAGACUAGAGCUUGGGAAAGGACAUACGCUGCAUUUUAUCCCGGAAAAAUCCAUUAUCCAAAAAUCCAAACGAUGAGCUAUAACUAUACCAAUAGCAGGCCUGUCUCACUCGCCGUGUUGGGAACGAGAACUGGAAUAGGACAUGAGAUAAUUCUGAGCUUAUUCUUUUUCAAAACCCUUUAUCUACGCGGACAAAGUCGCGGGCAUCAGCUAGUAAUUUAUAAACGUGCCUUACUACUACAUGACGGUUAGCUAUAAUUAUCUUUGUUGGUCUCCGCUGCGCUCAUACUAAACAACGCAGGCGUAGUCGCAAAGUGCGGCACCUAAUACUACGCCCAAAUGGGUGCCCUCGAGCCAGUCUCGAACAAUGUGUGACGUUGACGUACCAUAUGUUCCGUUAAACUGUGCUAAUAAUUGAAAGUAAAAUGCCGGGAAUGAUCAGUAAGUAUGUUGUAUUUUAUUAAUUUCAAUGUAAAAUAAUACGAAGCAUAUGUUACAAAAUUUGAAAGAUGCCAUUCCAUCUAAUAGUUAAUAAAAAACCUAUUGCUUUUGGGUAGUUCGGUAUCUAACUGGAGCGCAGCGGAGACCAAUCUUUAAUCUAAGUUUGUAGACGAAUUCGUACGUAUCCUUCUUAUUCCUUUAAAUUUUGAAAUUUUUUGCUUAAAUAAAAAUGGCGGGAAUAUUGGCAUAAUAAAAUAAAUCAUAAAUCAUUGUAAAAAAUAUUUGUAUGGUAGCUCUAGUAACUGUAUAUUUUUUUCGAAAUAGCUUGUAUUCGUUAAAUGUAAAUAUUACUUAAACUCGUCAUUAUUAUAAGAAUUAUGUAUGAAAUAUAAAUUUAAUUCAAUUUAAUUGUAUGUUAUUAAAUAUAAAUAUCAAAUGUUAUAAGGACGUAUAUUUUUGUAACUCUAGGGUAUGAAAUGAAAUUCUAUUUUGAAGUUUUAUUUGAAAAUAAAUUUAUUGAUUUCAAUAA